GUCAUUCGAAAUUCUUUCAAACUAAAGUCUACAAUUGGUUCGCAAUAUUUAAAUCAACUAAUCAAAUCAUUUCACAACAGACAACAUUGCUAUAGGUAUAUUUGUAGGAAUGUAUGAGCACAGUUUGUUAGGUAUUAACCUCACAAGCGUGUAUUUGUACAUACUAGUAGAUAAAAUCAUACAUUAAUUCUGUAAAUAAUUAUAUUUUAUACAAAAAUGAAUUAUUUAAGUAAAAAAAUAAGUUUUCAUUAUUAACAAAAAUGUCUCAGUUAUCAUGUCAAGAGAAGCAAAAUAAUGAAUUUGAAGUUUUAAAGUCAGUCUUUGGAGAUAAUCUACAAGAUCUUAGAAACAAUAAAAAUAAGCGAAAAUGGCAACCACUGAAUGUAAACAUCACAUUGACACCGUCACAAGGAAUGCCUGGGUCACCUCAAGGAAACGUACAGAUAGACUUACAGAUCACGUGUGGAGAAACAUAUCCAGAAAAUGCUCCGCACUUACAAUUAAAAAACAGUGUGGGUCUUUCUGAUGAUCAAGUAUCUGUUUUAUAUUCAGAAAUAAAAGACUUGGCAGAAAAAUUAAAAGGAAAAGUAAUGAUUCUUGAGUUGAGUCAGCACGUUCAGAAAUUUUUACAUACGCAUAAAAAACAGGGUUGUAACAGUUCUUGUGAAAAAAUUCAAGGCGAGAUGCCAGAAAAACAGUUAAAAGAGAAGCAAGAGCCUCAGGUUUUACUUAAAAGAAUGGCACGUUUGUCUUUGGAGUCAAAUGAAAUACCAUCGUCAAAUCCAUCAUCCCCUCAAGAACGAGUACGUUCUUAUUCUCGAAGAAGAUGCUUGAGCACAUCCGAAAGUUCAGAAAGUCCGUUAUGUGAAUUUACUCAGACAAAAGUUUUGAAUUUUUUGAGUAACAAAGGUGAGAGACAAGUUCAUUUGGUUAAAUGUCUCGGACAUAGUGCCAAAGGGUCAAUAAUUUAUGCUGGUGUUGAUAUGAUGACUGUUGAGCACCUAGCAGUUACCGAGUGGCUAUUAAGAUAUGCUUCUCCUGGAGAAAAAAAAAGCGAGUCAGAGGUUUUAAAUUUACAACAAUUAAUGAAGCAAGUUGUGAUUAUUGAACAGGAAUUACAUCAUUUACAAAAAUUAGAUCACCCUAAUCUCGCUCACUAUUUGAACAUUAAGUAUUUACAAAAUAAAGAUAGUAUUGUCGUUUAUAUACUUCAAGAGUUUGUUGUUGGUACAACGUGUUCUUUUUUUCAAAAAGAAAACAUUUCUGUUAAUAUCGAUUUAUUGAGAUAUAUUGCCACCGGUGUUCUUGCUGCGUUGGAGUAUUUACAUGAGAAAAACAUUGCACAUAAAGACUUGACUGAUUCCAGUAUAUAUAUUGACAAUAUUGGUACUGUAAGAGUAUCUAAUUACUCAUUAAAUAAAAAACUUUCAGAUAUUUAUCGUUCAAGUUGUCUUGGUAAAGCUAAUAAUAAUUUUACAUUAAUCAAAAAGCAAGGAGAAAAAGAACUAGAUAUUUACAGGUUCGGUACUUUACUUUUGACACUGUUAAAAGUAAAAAUAGUAUCAGACAACGAAGCGGAUUGGGGAUUAAACUUGCCGUUAAUAUUGAGAGACUUUUUGUCCAAAUGUUUGAACCGUGAUGAAAAACUAAGAUGGUCAGCUAAACAAUUACAGCAACAUAAUUUUAUCAGGACUCCUAUUGUCAAUGAAUUAUCGUUACCAAAACAUUGUGACGAUGAAGAUAAUAAUUCUGAAUCUGAGGAGCCCACCUUUGAUCUUAGGACUUAUUUACCAUCCCUUGAUAGUAAUUCAAGAUUCAAAAAUGAAUUUGAAAUUCUUAAAUUGUUGGGAGAGGGUGCAUUCGGUGAUGUUUGGAAAGUAAGAAAUAAGUUAGAUGGUAGAUUUUAUGCCAUCAAGCGGAUUGCUCUAAAUCCAAAAGUCAAUGAAUUAAAUAAAAAAAUGAUACGGGAGGUAAAGUUACUCUCAAGGCUAAAUCAUGAAAAUGUUGUAAGAUAUUAUAAUUCUUGGAUUGAAAACGUAAAAGUAAGCAAUGUAAAAAGAAGCUCUUCAUCUUCGUCAGAAAUGACAUCAUUAAAUAAAGAUAAAAGAGAUGAUAUCGAAAAAUUAAAAGCUGAAAGAGUAAUUAAAUUACUGUCGCCAGUUAAUGAUGUUGAAUGGACAGUAUCUUUUGAAAAUCCAUCAAACGUUGCUUCGGAUGAAGACUACAGUAGUAGUAGUUUCAGUGAUGAAGAUUCCGACGACGAAAGUGAAUCGUUUCAUUCGCCACAAAAAUCAGAACAAUCUUCAGAUAGUAUAGAAUUCAAAGUGGAUAGUGAGUCACAAAUAUCUAAGGCUGAAUCUUUUGAAACUUCUGAAAAAAUAACUAGUGAAGAAAAUAGCACUGUGGAACAUAAAACAAAAUUUAUGUACAUACAAAUGGAGUUUUGUGAAAAAAGUACCCUAAGAACGGCGAUUGAUAAUAAUUUGUAUGAAGAUAAAGAUCGUCUUUGGCGUCUAUUUCGAGAAAUGGUUGAAGGUAUCGCUUAUAUUCAUCAACAAGGAAUGAUUCACCGUGAUUUGAAGCCAGUGAAUAUUUUUUUAGACAGCAAUGAUCAUGUUAAAAUUGGUGAUUUUGGUUUGGCGACAACAAACAUAUUGUGCUCUGUUGUACAAACAAUUGAUAACGAACGGAAAGUUGAAGUAGACAAUAAAAAUGAUAUUAUUCUUGAUGAACCCCGAUCAAUGACUGGUCAAGUAGGUACUGCUCUCUAUGUUGCUCCAGAGUUGAGAAACGAGGUAGCAAAAGCUAGAUAUAAUCAAAAGGUUGACAUAUACAGUCUUGGGAUUAUUCUGUUUGAAAUGAGUUAUCGACCACCCGAUACUAAAAUGGAGAGAGUAACUAUUCUUCAAAAAGUUAGAUCUAAAGAAAUAAUCCUUCCACCUGAUAUGACAGAGACUGAAAUGCCUCACCAGACUCGUCUUUUACGGUGGUUACUAAAUCAUGAUCCUAGUCAGCGACCGACAGCUCAAGAACUUUUGUCAUCUGAAUACCUGCCUCCACCACUUCUAGUGGAGGCUGAAUUACACGAAAUGGUUCAAUAUACUUUAUCAAACAGCCAAAGCAAGGCAUACAAGUACUUGAUUGCUAGUUGUUUCGAUCAACAAGUCACGCCAGCUGAAGACAUCACAUACGAUAUGAAUGUACCUAGUAGAUCAGCUAACAAUGAAGUGUCUGUGGUUAAUGAACUACUGCAUGAGCAUGUUAAAUCUGAAGCUAUCAAUGUAUUUCAACGGCAUGGAGGAGUCUAUUUAGCAACUCCUUUAUUAAUACCCAAAGCUGGUCACUUGUAUGAUCACACAGAGACUUGCGUUAAACUCAUGACUCAUUCAGGCAGUAUUGUCACUAUACCUCAUGAUCUCAGAGCACCGUUUGUGCGAUAUGUUGCCUUGAAUAAUAUUGAACAUUUCAGAAGGUAUGCCAUUGAAAGAGUCUUCCGAGAAAAAAAGGUUCAUGGAUUUCAUCCCAGAGAAUUAUAUGAAUGUGCUUUUGAUAUAAUUAGCUCAGAUGUAGAUCUUAUGGCUGAAGCUGAACUAAUCCGUAUAGUUUGGGAAAUCAUCGAUAAAUUUUCAGAAUUACAUCAACGAGAUUUUACCGUUCAUUUAAAUCACACUUCAUUACUUCAUGCAGUUUUAAUGUACUGCGGAAUCGGUCCCGAAAAAUUUCAAGACAUUUAUUCAAUACUAUGUGACGCACGUGAUGGUAAAUGCUCGAAACUCCAGGUCCAAACUCAUUUUAUAAGCUUAUGUCUUACUGAUCAAGCUAUGGAAACUCUCUUGAAUUUAUUCGAUACUGAAAACAAUGUUUCUAAGGUUGCAAGUAUACUUAGAUCAAUAACAAAAAGGAAAAGUGAUGCUGCAGUUUUAGCAAAAAGCGCUUUAAAAGAAAUCGAAACUGUUACUACUCAUGUGAAGGCUCUAGGAGUUCAGUGGCCAGUUAUUAUCGUGCCAUUAUUAGCUCACAAUAUGAAGCAGCAAAGUGGAAUAAUUUUUCAAAUAUCUUGCGACUUAAAACGUAAACGACGAUGUCAAGAGGUAAUAGCAGCUGGUGGUCGAUAUGAUGAAAUGAUCCAAUCAUUUCACCAAAUAUCAAAAAGUUCAGAUUCAAUUGGGAAAAAAUCACAUCACGGCAUCGGUCUCAGUAUUUCUCUCGAAAAAUUAGUAUGUGCCAUUCAAGACGUGAUAUUAGAAGAUACAAAUAAUGAAUUAAGUAUAAAUAGAUUUAGAAUAGAUGUAGCUGUAGGAUUUAUUGACAGUAAACCUGAACGAGAACAUGAACUGGCUGAUUUACUUCGUGAGUUAUGGUCUCUUGGAUUGAGAGUAACUAAAUUGGAUUUUCAAGUUCAAGAAGAAAUUCUUGACUAUUGUCGUAAAAAUUUAAUUCCUCACGUUAUUAUUUUACACGGGGGGAUAGGAAAUCUUGUUCUAUACUCUUGGGAAUACGACAAAUUUAGAGAACAAAAAAUAUGUAUAACUGAAAUUACCGAACAUCUUCAGAGACCAAUAGAUACACUGCCAGUUUUAAAAAGCAAAAAUCGUACAACUGAUUCUACAUAUUCAUCAUCAAAUUAUCUUAAUAUUAAUUUUAAUUUUAUACCUACUGAGAGAGAUAAACUGUCUGAUAAUUAUAAAAUUAAUUAUAAAAACACUAUGCUAGCUCAAAUGUCAUCCGCUCUACAACGAAUAUCUUGCAAAGUAUCUAUAGAAGUAUUCGCAAUAUUUCUUGAGAUGUCAAUAAUGAGAACAAUGGUCAAACUCCUAGAAAUCGAUGAAAAGGAACAAGAUUUUCAAAAAAGCGUCCAAUUUGUUAUUGAAGAGCAUCCAUUAACAAAAAAGUAUAUUGAGCAAAUUUGCGAUAAAAUAUGGGAAGUACGAAACGAAAAACAACAACGACCCGUUUUGGUAUUUUACAGUUUGACUGAGAAUAAUUAUGUUAUUUUCAUGUAAAUUUUUACAAAUCGUUUUGAAAACAGUUUGUUAAAUAUACUUGUAUAUGUAUUUUUAAUAAAAUUUUGUCAAGAGAUAAUAA